AUGUCCGGAGUUCUUCAGUAUCUGAGAAGGACUUUCGGUUUCUCGAAAGGUCGAUAUACCAAGGAUGUUCUGACUCAAGUUGCUGCGAAGGACUUGACGCGGUUUGCGGAGGGCGAUAGAGUGCUUGUGGACGGGUUGCGAUUGACGGCUCCUCUACAACGGAACACGAAAUCCGAAUUCCAACAUGGAGCACUCCCGCACAACGACGUUAUCGGCAAUCCAACUUCGCCCUCUUAUGUCCGCUCAGCGAAGGGCGGCCUGUACAAGGUCGAAUAUCCGUCCCUGGAACAAUACGUCUCACUUACUCCGAGACUCGUGACGCCGGUUUAUUCGAACUACGCCUCUACAAUCGUGUCUCAACUGGACAUACAUCCGAUCCCUUUUGAGAGGGAUGCUUCCUCGCAGCGGCUGGAGAUCCUAGAAGCAGGUACAGGGCAUGGGAGCCUCACACUCCACGUUGCACGAGCGAUAGCGGCAGCAAAUCCUCCUCCCCCAAACAUCGAAAUGCCCCAGCUUCGACCAGUUGAUCCUGAGCGUGCGGAACUGGCCGACAAACGAGACAUACAAAACACCCUUGUUGAAGCCUGGAAUCAAUGGAAAGAGAAGCGGCGCGCCGUCCUGCAUACGGUGGAGAAGGUCGUCGCGAACAGAUAUCAUGCGGAAAAGAUCGUGCGAGGUUUCCGCCAGGCGCUAUAUUGGCCUCACAUUGAUUUCUACGCCGGAGACGUGAAAGAAUGGAUCGAAGAGCAGUUGAAGUUGAGGCGCACUCGUGACUGGAACCCCUUGGCGAGAACCGAAGACAGGUUCCUUGACUAUGUCUUGCUUGACAUGCCUGGCGUGCAUAAGCAGCUCCAACAUGUCCAUCCUGCCAUGCGCGAAGGGGCGAAACUGGUGGUCUUCGUGCCAUCUGUCACCCAGAUUGGGGACUGUGCUCGAGUGAUCGAGGAAGGAUCGCUUCCGUUGACCAUGGAGAAGGUCCUGGAAUUGGGAGAAGGUAUUAGCAGCGGCCGCCGGUGGGAUGUGAGGAUGGUUAUGCCACGACGGCCUAAAAGUGCUCCCAAAUCCAUGGUGCCUUCGUCCAACAUCGAUUCCGAGUUAGGCACCGAGAAGCCUCCCGCUGCUGAAGUGGGAGACGGUGACAUUACGCUUGCGCAAGACUCGGUCGACAACACCACGAUCCCCUUAUCAGAUGAACAGCAGGACGAGCCAGUCAUGGUAUGCCGUCCCCUAGUGGGCGAGCGCACGUUUGGUGGCGGCUUUAUCGCCCUUUUCCGGAAGACCUCGCCCGAGUCUGCGGCGUUGGCGGUCGAAUGGCGGCGUGGCCAGACUGGUAUGCGGCCCCCCUCUACUCAUGGAUCUGGUCCCAGGCGAAUGAUUCGAUGCUAA